AUGGGAGUGAUGUUAGGUAGAAGCAAUCUUAUUGAUGAUAUUGAUUUGAAUGCGUUGAUUGUUGAAGAUUACAGUUCAUCAACUCCGGUUGAAUGUAAUCUCCCUAAUGGUGUUGAAUCGGAUUCACUAGUUUUUCAUUUUAGCUUCACUGUAGUGUCAGCUGAUUUCUUUUGCCUUGACUGGUUUUUGUUUGGUCAAAUGGCUGUAAUCCAUCUGCUGGAGGUGGUGGUACUUCUACAGAUGCCAAUGAGGACGAUUCAUCUAUUCCAGGUUCUUAUGUUUAGCUCUAAUCAAGAAUUGGUGGGACAUUCUGUUUAUUCACUUGAAGAAGCAUUUGAUAUGUAUAAUGAUCUUGCAUCUCGGAUGGGAUUUAGUGUUAGGAAGGGAAAACAGUACUACUUUCCUGGAACUCGGAAUGUGAAGUCGAAAAAGUUCCAUUGUUAUAAGGCUGGGUUGAAAGCAAAACAAGCGAGUGCUAAUAAGUGUUAUACAAAGAUAGAUACUCGGACUGGAUGUGAUGCAAUGUGUCAAUUUGACUUAGGUUCAAGUGGGAAGUGGGUAGUUACAAAACAUGUAAAGGAGCACAACCAUGAGUUGUGUCCGGCAUCUGCAAGCUAUAUGCUUAGGUCGCAUAGGAAUGUUUCUGUUGAUCAGUUGACAUACCUUAAAGAUAUGAAGAGGAGUGGAGUUCCAUUAUCUGAUGGUAUUCGGUUUUUAAAACAUCAGUCUAGAGGUUCACCAUUUGUUGGAUUUACUGCCAGGGAUGCUUAUAACACAAUGUUGUUAGAUUCGGCGAAGCAUUUAGAUGGGAUUGACUCUAACACUUUGAUUGAGAUUUUUCGGAAGAGACAAUUGAAUGAGUCUGGUUUCUUUUUUGAUUUCGAAGUUGAUAAUGAUGCUAGGUAUGAUUGUAUGAAUGUGAUGUUUGGUUGUGGCUUUUUAUUGAAUGAGAGGACAGAAUCUUUUGUGUGGCUGUUCAAAACUUUUCUACAGUCAAUGGAUGGUAGGCAGCCACAAACAAUAAUGACUGAUCAGUGUUCUGCCAUGGCUGCUGCAAUCAUGCAAGUAUUUCCAAAUUCAAAACAUAGGUUAUGUAUUUGGCACAUUGGGGAGAAUUCAAAGAAGCACAUCAAAGGAUUGAGAAUGCAAAAGGGUUUCAUAGAGUUGUUUAAUUUUCUGUUAAAGUAUAGUGAUACAGAAGCUGAAUUUGAAUUUUACUGGAACAGUGUGAUUUCUAAGUGGAGGAGUAGGGAGAGUGGUGAAGAUGUUCGCUGUUUUCAAGGUUUGCCAUCAAUGGCUAUGAAUUACGUGAAGUUACUUUCACAUGCUAGAGAAGUUUACACUAUUGAGAUAUACUUUUUAUUUGAGGAACAGUUCUUGAAAGGUUCUUCAUGCCAUCAAGAUUUGGUGGGGGUCAGUGGUGAGGUAAUGAAAUAUCAUGUUUGGCGUCCUGAUGUUGAUUUGAUUCGUCAUGAGGUUUGUUUUAGUGUUAAGGACUUGGAUAUAUCAUGUAGUUGCAGGUUGUUUUCAGAGAUGGGUAUUUUGUGCUCUCAUUCUCUUCGCAUUUUAAAUAUUCACUGUGUUGCAACAAUCCCUGAUAAGUAUAUUCUUAAAAGAUGGACUAAAAGGGUUAUUGAAGACAUGACAGUAGAGAAUGUUUGUGGUGUUACUUCAAGUGGUUGGGUUAUACAAAUUGGUAGAAAGUUUCAGCGGUUGGUUUUAUCUAGUCAAGACAAUUCUAAAGCUCGGGAAGCAUGUGAAGAUGCCUUUCAAAAUUCCAAGAUGAAGAUUGAAGCUAAAAUUGGUCCUAUUUUCUUUGAAGAUGGUGAACAAACCACAGAUGGUGUUAUACAAAAUCUAUCACGUAGUAGGCCAAAAGGUGAACGCAACAAACGGUUGAUUAGCACAAUAGAAAAGAAGUAUAAAUAUGCAAGAGGACGAAUGAAUUAUUCAAAGUAUGUCGAGUUGAAUACAAAGGCGGCUGUGAAGUCCUCUGUGCGAGAAUCUGUUUCUAGUAUGGUGGGCAGUGGAUAUUUGGUCCAUCCGUCUAGUGGUAGUAGCUCAAAGUUGGUUCAUUUUAAUCCAAACGAAAGUACUUAA